GGGAAGCACCUUCACUUUUCUUCUGUUCUUCCUGGAAGUGCUCGGAUUUUACCGAAUCUUACUGGACUUUGUAUGACUGUGGGGCUCCGUGGAAGACCUUUGUGGAUCUUUUUUUGGCAGAUUUAGUCAGUGGCAUUAUGACUCUGGAGGACGUGUCUGUCAGUAACGACAAGAUGGAGCAGGUGAGUCGCGCACUCGAGGAGGUGCUGGUGUCUGCUCGGUCGCACGAGUGUCUCACUGUGGGUGUGUACGAGUCCGCCAAGCUCAUGAACGCGGACCCAGACAGCGUGCGUCUGUGCGUACUUGCGGCUGACAAGGAGGACGAAGAUGACGUCGCUCUUCAGAUCCACUUCACGCUGCUCCAAGCCUUCUGUCGCGACUAUGACGUCAACAUCGUGCGGCUGGCGGCCGUUUCGCGCCUGGCACAGCUCAUCCACGAGGACGAGAGCGAGCCUCGUGACCUGCACUGCAUCCUGGUCACGAGCCCACCCGUGCAGCCGCUGCAGUGCCCCGCCCUCCAUGACGUUAUCAGCUUUUGCGAGGACAGUCGCUGCAGGAACCAGUGGGUCCCCCUUGUUGACCUGAUGGACCGCUGAACCAACCCAAUCACACCGCUUAGGGGCGGGGCCAACAGUCCAAUUCAAACCAAAAACGAGGAGGAGCGCAUGCUCUGUCUACCAGGUUGCAGAGGUCCAACUGCCAUGCUUCAUGUCCAGCAGAGGGGGGAGGCUGCAUGUGACUGGACCCGGGGGCUGUACGAGUGACAUCACACACGUCGACAUGGCGGCGAGACUGACUGAUCAUGUGACUGUGCGAUGCUAAGCUAUUGAGCUCACACAACAGGACAUGCCAACUUCAGGUUGCCGUGGUGAUGCCGAUGGUCCAGGUCACUGGAGGACAAUGUAGUGUACGCACAAUCCGUUACAGUGAUGGAUUACGUUUUCAAGCUUUGAUGAAAUGUGAAAUAAAAGUGCUAACAAUC